UUCAUUCGAGGGCUGAAUUGUAUAUAAAGUUUGUCAAACGCCGAUGCUUGGUGAGUGUAAAUGAUAUUCUAAUUCGUAUAAAUGGAUUUCUAAUCGCUUUGUGUUUUUAGUUCGAUCUAGAAAAAAGUUCUCUGUAACCAAAUACUUAGGAAGCGAAGCUAAAAACUUUAAAUGAGUUGAUUGAAAAGUCCCGAUUGAGUACGCAAAUGCAGGAAAGUCUUGGUACAUAUUUACUUUUAGAGCGUUAUUUCAUGGAAGAAAGCGUCCUGAAAGCGAUAAUUUUGUACAGCAUUGAAACGGGGCAGCAAUGCUCCAGCAUGUUGGACGAUGUAUUUUUCAUUAUUCGGAAGUGCAUUCGACGUUCAAAUGGAACGCAAUCGCUAGACGGAGUGUGUGCUGUUGUUAAUAACGCUGCUAGUUGCUUGGAACCAGACUUCAUAAAUGCUUUGAAAUCACCUCUGAAAUCUGGUUACCCUACCGGUUACAUAGGUUACAAUCGGCACUUCAAAGUUCAAUCCAGCAAGGGCGAUUACAAACUAGUGACGUUGAACAGGCACGUGCAAAAUUUUUUUAAACCUCGUUUGCAUCCGUGGGUUGACCAAUUUAUCAAUCACAAUCACAACCUCGCUGAGGAAGAGUUGGCAUCGUAUGAAGCUAGGGAAACAUUUAUACAAUUACUGAUAGUGCAAGUCGACGCCUUAUUAACGGCGUUCAAAACUGCCCUCACACCAAGAAAUUAUGAUGGAUUAUGAUUAUUCGGUUAGUAUCAUUACUAGUGAAGUAACAAGUCGCCUGGAGCGAGUUAUCAAAAAAUCAACAUUCAAUCGGCUUGGUGGACUAGUUUUAGUUUUUUUGCUUAGUUAGAUGAAUAUAUUCCCCCUGAAAAUAGCUCAAGAGAAGUUUUUUAUUGCCUUAAACAACCGAAAUCAAAUUUUUGGUAGUGAAUAAUUUGCGGUACGCCACUACGAAUUACAUAUUCGUUAUGAGACAAGUACUCC